AUGUCGAGCGAGCAAACGUUUACACCAAGGUAUAUUGUCAACAAGAGGAACCUCCAAAACUACGAGACGAUGCAACACGCUAUCUUGAUUGGUCUUUUAAAUUCGUUCUGCGAGUUUGUAGUAAAGAAGCCUCGGAAGCAGACAAUAGUCCGACAUUGCAUGCCUAAACUUAAGCUUAUUCGGAUCAACGGGGAAGAACUCGAAGUCAUGAAAAUGGCUGAUGACCACUGCAGACCUAUGUACGAUGAAGAGUGCAAGCGUGGCAUGAAUAAACAAACUGCUUUCAGACGGUAUGAGAAGAACAAGAAAAUCUUUGUUAUAAACAUUUUAUAUGACAUUGCUCUUGAACUCGGCUUUUUUUUCGACGCCAAAUUAUCACGAAAAACCGACAAGAGUCUUCGAAUCGACCGUAUUCAAAAGGUUUUUUACAAAGGACAGUACUUAAUGAAUAUCACAGACUUACUCCAAGUUGGCGAGAACAUUAAUGACUAUAUCAAUUCAUUGUUGGCAAAGGACAACAAAGCGAUUCUGGGUAUUGGAGACAAAAGCAUUCAAGGAUACUUCUCGAGAUAUGACAUCGGACAGAAGGCGCUUAGUUUUAAUUUGUGCUAA